CCCCUUGGGGUGGGCCCUGCGGGAGGGCGAGGCUGGGAGGUCGCGCGGGAGGCAGUGCGCUCUAGCCGCCUGUGCGAGGGCGCUUCGCUCCCAUUCUGGCCAUGGCCGAACUUCUCCGCAGCAGGGGCAACCGAUCCCGGGCUUCUCGCCCCGCUCCUUGAACGCUCUUCCUUUUCGACCUCUGGAAAACCCCGUUUCUUUCUGGGGCCGUGGCGAGUGGCACCAAGAGGCGAGCAAGGAUGCGCUGAGGACCUCCGGGGCGCGCGUCUUGGGUGCCGCCGUGGGUCCUGGCGCAGGAGCCCAGCUGCCUCCGGCUGCCUCGAUUUCCCUACUGCGUGCCUGCCACCCCCAGCCGCACUUGAUGUGCAGAAAGAAGCCGGACACCAUGAUCCUAACACGUAAGCUAGACUUGUGCCUUGCCGUUAGGCCAGCCGCGGGAGCCAGCUGCGGAAGGGACCCACCGCGGAGGAAAUGUCACCCCGCCUUAUCAAGUCGGUGCCUGACGUUCUGUGCUUUUGAAACGCUUUCCGAGGAGGCUUGGGAUGGAGUCGCCCGAGUUUCUUGGAGUGGAGGAGAAAUUGAAGCCAGAGAAGCCUGUGAUUGGCUACGGGCCACAGGUUUUCCCCAGUAUGCACAGCUUUAUGAAGAUCUCCUGUUCCCCAUUGAUAUUUCCUUAGUCAAGAGAGAACAUGACUUUUUGGACAGAGAUGCCACUGAGGCUUUAUGCAGGCGUCUAAAUACUUUAAACAAAUGUGCGGUGAUGAAACUGGAAAUUAGUCCUCAUCGGAAGAAAAGUGAGGAUUCAGACGAGGAUGAGCCUUGUGCAAUAAGUGGCAAAUGGACUUUCCAGAGGGACAGCAAGAGGUGGUCCCGCCUUGAAGAGUUUGAUGUCUUUUCUCCAAAGCAGGACCCAGUCCCUGGGUCCCCAGAGGACCCCCAUCUGAAAAACGCCCCAAGCCACGAAAGCAUGCUGACAGACCUCAGCGAGCGCCAGGAGGUGGCCUCUGUCCGCAGCCUGAGCAGUGCCAGCAGCCUCCCCACCCAUGUGCCCCUUGAUGGAGACGCUGCGACACCCAGGACUAACUCCGUCAUUAGCGUCUGCUCCUCCUCCGGCAACUUUGUCGGCAACGAUGACUCUUUCUGCAGCCUGCCCUCUCCCAAGGAACUGUCCAGCUUCAGUUUUAGCAUGAAAGGCCACGAGAAAAACACCAAGUCCAAGACCCGAAGUCUGCUGAAACGCAUGGAGAGCUUAAAGCUGAAGGGCUCCCACCACAGCAAGCACAAGGCGCCUUCCAAGUUGGGGCUGAUCAUCAGCGGGCCCAUUCUGCAGGAGGGGAUGGACGAGGAGAAGCUAAAGCAGCUGAACUGCGUGGAGAUCUCCGCGCUCAACGGCAACCACAUUAACGUCCCCAUGGUACGAAAGAGGAGCGUUUCCAACUCCACGCAGACCAGCAGUAGCAGCAGCCAGUCUGAAACCAGCAGCGCCGUCAGCACACCUAGCCCUGUCACCAGGACCCGGAGCCUUAGUGCCUGCAACAAGCGGGUGGGCAUGUACCUAGAGGGCUUCGAUCCCUUCAAUCAGUCGACAUUCAACAACGUUGUGGAGCAGAACUUCAGAAACCGCGAGAGCUACCCAGAGGACACGGUGUUCUACAUCCCAGAAGACCACAAGCCUGGCACUUUCCCCAAGGCUCUCUCCAAUGGCAGUUUCUCUCCCUCAGGGAACAACAGCUCUGUGAACUGGAGGACUGGGAGCUUCCACGGCCCCGGCCACAUCAGCCUGCGGAGGGAAAACAGCAACGACAGCCCCAAGGAGCUUAAGAGACGCAACUCCUCCAGCUCCAUGAGCAGCCGCCUGAGUAUCUAUGACAACGUGCCCGGCUCCAUCCUCUAUUCCAGCUCAGGAGACCUGGCCGACCUAGAGAACGAGGACAUAUUCCCCGAGCUGGAUGACAUUCUCUACCACGUGAAUGGGAUGCAGAAGAUAGUUAAUCAGUGGUCAGAGAAGUUUUCAGAUGAGGGAGACUCGGACUCAGCCCUGGACUCGGUCUCUCCAUGCCCAUCCUCUCCCAAACAGAUACAUCUGGAUGUGGACCACGACCGAGCCACCCCCAGUGACCUAGACAGCACAGGCAACUCACUGAACGAACCUGAAGAGCCGUCCGACAUCCCUGAGAGGAGAGAUUCUGGGGUUGGCGCCUCGCUGACAAGGUCCAAUAGGCACAGACUGAGAUGGCACAGUUUCCAGAGCUCUCAUCGGCCAAGCUUAAACUCUGUGUCACUGCAGAUUAACUGCCAGUCUGUGGCCCAGAUGAACCUGCUGCAGAAAUACUCACUCCUGAAGCUAACCGCCCUGCUGGAGAAAUACACGCCUUCGAAUAAGCAUGGUUUCAGCUGGGCUGUGCCCAAGUUCAUGAAAAGGAUCAAGGUUCCAGACUACAAGGACCGGAAUGUGUUCGGGGUCCCUCUGACGGUCAAUGUGCAGCGCACAGGACAGCCCCUGCCCCAGAGCAUUCAGCAGGCCAUGCGCUACCUCCGCAACCACUGUUUGGAUCAGGUUGGACUCUUCAGAAAAUCAGGUGUUAAAUCCCGGAUUCAGGCUCUGCGCCAGAUGAAUGAAAGUGCCCUAGAUUGUGUCAACUAUGAGGGGCAGUCUGCUUAUGAUGUGGCAGACAUGUUGAAGCAGUAUUUUCGAGAUCUUCCUGAGCCGCUAAUGACGAACAAACUCUCAGAAACCUUUCUACAGAUCUACCAGUAUGUGCCCAAGGACCAGCGCCUCCAGGCAAUCAAGGCCGCCAUUAUGCUCCUGCCUGAUGAGAACCGGGAGGUUCUACAGACGCUCCUUUAUUUCUUAAGCGAUGUCACAGCAGCUGUGAAAGAAAACCAGAUGACUCCCACCAACCUGGCCGUGUGUUUAGCGCCUUCCCUUUUCCACCUCAACACCCUGAAGAGAGAGAAUUCUUCUCCAAGGGUAAUGCAAAGAAAGCAAAGUUUGGGCAAACCCGAUCAGAAAGAUUUGAAUGAAAACCUCGCUGCCACUCAAGGGCUGGCCCAUAUGAUUGCUGAGUGCAAGAAGCUUUUCCAGGUGCCUGAGGAAAUGAGCCGAUGUCGGAAUUCCUACACUGAACAAGAGCUAAAACCUCUCACCCUAGAAGCAUUAGGACGCCUUUGUAAUGACGAGUCAGCUGACUACCAACACUUCCUCCAGGACUGCAUGGACAGCCUGUUUAAGGAGGUCAAGGAGAAGUUUAAAGGCUGGGUCAGCUACUCUACAUCUGAGCAGGCUGAGCUGUCCUACAAGAAGGUGAGUGAAGGACCCCCUCUAAGGCUUUGGAGGUCAACCAUCGAAGUCCCUGCUGUGCCUGAGGAUAUCUUAAAGCGCCUACUUAAGGAGCAGCACCUGUGGGAUGUAGACCUGUUGGAUUCAAAAGUAAUUGAAAUCCUGGACAGUCAAACGGAAAUUUACCAAUAUGUCCAAAACAGCAUGGCACCCCAUCCGGCUCGGGACUAUGUUGUUUUGAGGACAUGGAGGACUAACUUACCCAAGGGGGCUUGUGCCCUCUUACUUACCUCUGUGGAUCACGACCGGGCCCCUGUGGUGGGGGUGAGGGUCAACGUGCUCCUGUCCAGGUAUCUGAUCGAACCCUGCGGGUCAGGGAAAUCCAAACUCACCUACAUGUGCAGAGCGGACUUAAGGGGCCACAUGCCAGAGUGGUACACGAAAUCUUUCGGACAUUUGUGUGCAGCUGAAGUUGUAAAGAUCCGAGACUCUUUCUGUAAUCAGAACACUGACACCAAAGACACCAAAUCUAGGUGAUCACUGAAGCAGAGCACUGUGUCCACCAUCUGGGCAUUUGUUUCUAGAACCCUGGCCAGUCAGUGCAAGAACGGGUUCUGCAUCUAAUCCUGAAACAAAACUACAAGUUGGAGUGUAGGAAUUGACUGUAGCAAUUUGAUACAUUUUUAAAGCUGCUUCCUGUUUGUUUAAGGUCUAUGGUAUAGGCCUUGACUGGAAUAUAUAAGACUGAGCAAAAAAAAAAAGGAAAGAAAGAAAGAAAUGUAUUCUUAUGCAAAUUGCUUCUGAGAAGCAAAACUCUAUAAAUACAUUACGGAAGAUAAUGAAGAUACUUCAUUCUCUUGUGCUAUUGGUGUGCGUGUACCUAUGUCAUUUUAUUUGCAGCGUGUUGAGGGACUGGCGUAUCCACUGGAAUAGUUGGUACUCUUUGACAUGUUUUCUCACUGAGAUGAGCAAAGAAAGGUUUGCACAGAGAAGUGUGUGUAUGUGUGUUUGUUGCUGGCUGAAUGGCAUAGAUGUAAGAGUUGGGAUGCAGUGUCUGGCACACUGAGAUGCCUCCAAGAAAGAUAUUGAUGCAUCAGGUUCAGUUUAACCUGGAAUAUCUGACUACCCAUGGAUCCAACCAGAAAGGGAACCCAUUUAUUUGGGGAGGUUGAACAACCCAUCCUUGUCCAUUUUUUUCCCCUGAGUUUUAAAACAGAUUCAUCCAUCAACCUCUUCUUUACUUUAAAAGCAAUUGUAGUAAAUUUACUCUAUCCCAUUUCAAACAGUGUUUAUCUCUCGACCUGAUUGCACAUAAUGAUGUCAUUUUGAACCAAGAUAGACUAAUUAAGGGAUGAAAACUCCCCCAUACUACCAUGUUUCCCUGAAAAUAAGACCUAACCGGAAAAUAAGCCCUAGCUUGAUUUUUCAGGAUGACAUACCCUGAACAUAAGCGCUAAUGCGUCUUUUGGAGCAAGAAUUAAUAUAAGACCCGGUCUUAUUUUCGGGGAAACACGGUAGCUCCAAAACACAGUUUUGUUUUUGUUUUUGUCUAAGAACAGUUGAAAUGUAAAAACUGAACACUCCACCAUUUACUUGUGAAUCAAGCAUCAAAACAUUUUACCUGUCUGAAUUCUUUGCAUUUUCGCAUUUAUAACAGCAACUCUUUAAGCACACUAUGUAUGGGAGCCCAGCAAACUAUGUAAGUCCCAAGGAAAUCCCUGUAGAUUUAACCCAAUCACAAAAGUCCUUUGUUGUUAUUGACAGCAUUUCUGAAAGCUGAACAUGUUUAUUAAUUAGAUUUGCUCUUAACAGCAAAUAGAUUUUCGGAUUUUAAUGACUUUUUUUGGUUUGUUUUUCCUACCUUUUCUUUUUCUGUUCCUUUAUAAUGAUUCCCUUGGAAUAUAUUUUAGUGACAAUGACAAGUAGUUAUCAUAGUAAAAAAUACAACACCAGCACAGUUUUUUGGAAGGGUGGUCUUUUUACAGGUUUUACUGGAAUGGUAAAGAUUGACUCGAGACAGUAUUAGUGAAUUUAUUUAGUGCGGAUCAAAGUGAAUAAUGUAUGAAUGAGCAUUGUUAAGAAGGAUUUUUAUUUUGUUUUAACAAUUUAGUUACCAUUAUCAGUGUUAUUUUAAAGGUUCUUUGAAGAAUUUGGGGUGGGGGACAGAUUAGAGUGUUAAAAUUUGAGUAUUUUGGAUAUCAGUGUUCCUCGUGAAGAUAUACUUGUAUAUUCAAUUUUCAGAUUUGUAAGAUUGUAUGUUGUAUAUACCAUUCUAUUAAGAUACAUGUACACAUGUCCACUGUGCUUUCAAACAUAGAUUAAGCAUGAUAAAGAUUAUUAUUUAAAAUAUACUUGUAUUUAUACCUCAGAUAUUCUUUUGGGUUUUGUACCUCAAGUCUUUUUUUUCCUAAUGUAAAUACACUUUACAUGAAUACAGUCUAAGUGAAAAAAGAAAAAUGAAAGAAGAGGUUUAUAACUUGCUCUAUACCUGUACAGAAUAUAAUCGAUAAGUGCACUAUUAAAUGUUUAAGGGAAAAGUCUGGCCUGCUCUCUUUUGUAUUGCAUCUCACUCCCACCCUGAAAACCACAGAUUGCAAGGCAUAGCAUUCUAACAUCAACUAACGUGACAACAUAGAGUUGCUGAAAGGAAAAUCGGACUGCCGAUCAUUCCAAGGCCAAUCUGCAGCUGAGCCACUCGCUAACAAACAGGAAACCCUGGUGAAGGUUCGGGAAGCAUGGAGAUGCUCUGCAAACAAAGGUCGUUAGGAAACUGUGCUGAGAAAUUGACAAGAAUAAGCAACAGCCGCAGAAAGAUGCUCAUAAGCAAAGCCAAGGUCACCGAUUCGUUCCACAAAAGUUCUCUCUCCCACUGUUUGGCUUUCUUGUUGAAAGGAUUCCUUACAUAUUUGACAAGAGGAGAAUUCAAAGGAUGUGAACAUUUGCAAGAACUCUGCUUAAGUCACCUAAGUGAUACUGCCACAACUUACUAAUUGUGACUAAUGGCCUAGAUUGUAAGCUCUUUGAGGGCAGGGCUCUUCUCCUGCAUGUCUUUAUAACCUCCUACAGCAGCUUCCAGUGUUUUGUACUUGUAGGCACCUAAUAAAUUUAUUAUUUGUUAAAUGGGA